GAGCGCCAGGCCGCAGCUAGCGAGGCUUUCCGGCUGCGAGGAUCGGAAAAAAAGGAGCGGAGAAAGAGGAAUCUGUCGAGACGAAACCUGUGACGGGAAAGAAGUAGAAUAGGUGCCGUUCCCGACUUCCUGGAGGGUCAUCAUCGUGUUCCGGCGAGUGGCGCAAGGCCAAUACUGCCCUCUCUUCCCCAACUGCCGCCAUACAUAAAUUUAGAAACCAAAUUGCUCGCUGAUUGCCGAUAACAGUUCACGGACCGAAGGAAUUUCAGUGAAUCAAAAUCCGGGCCGGAUUUGGAAAGACAUGAGAGGCGUUAAUGGAAGAUAGUAUUUCGGAGGAAGAAUGGAAUUGACUCUCGUUACCUUCUUCUGAUUGGAGUUGUACUGUACAUGGCCAAUCCUGAUUCUCAACGUCGUUGUGUUUUUGUUGGGAACAUACCAUAUGAUGCCUCUGAAGAGCAGCUAAUUCAAAUAUGUGAGGAGGUUGGCCCUGUUGUUUCCUUCAGGCUAGUAACUGACAGAGAAAGUGGAAGGCCCAAGGGUUAUGGAUUUUGUGAAUACAAGGAUGAAGAGACUGCACUGAGUGCUCGUCGUAAUCUACAGGGAUAUGAGAUUAAUGGCCGCCAAUUAAGAGUUGAUUUUGCUGAGAAUGAUAAAAAUGCUGAUAAGAGUCGUGAACAAGGCCGUGGUGGACCUGGUAUGGUUGCAGCUGCUGAUGCUCAAAAACAAAUUAGUGGGCCAUCUACUCAUGGAAAUUCAAAUUCACACAUGCCAAUUGGACAUCCAGUAGCUACAGCUGCUGCCAACGUCAUGGCUGGAGCUCUUGGAGCGGCUCAAAUGGGUAGCUCAGUGACGCAGACAGGUCUACAAAAUCAGUUUGGACCUGCCAUUGAUCCUCUAUCUCAUUACCUUUCUAAAAUGACAAGGAGUCAGCUGUAUGAAAUAAUUUCUAACAUAAAGGGUAUAGCAACACAAAACAAGGAACAUGCCCGCCAACUGUUACAUACAAUUCCUAACUUGUCUAAAGCAAUCUUCCAGAUACAACUAAUGCUGGGACUGGUUACUCCUCAAAUGUUACAAAUGCCUAAUAUUCGGCAGUCAUCUUUUCCUCCACCACAGUCUCUAUUGCCUGACAAUCAUCACAAUCAACAGCUAGCAAUUCGAAUGCCUCCUGGGGUUGCUCCCCCUCUUCACAGUUCAUUGCCCCAAACACAACAUCAGAUUAAGCUUCCACUAUUGGCUGAAAACAACUUUCAAAAUGGGAGAUUAUCAAUAAAUUCUGGAGGUCACUCCAUUCCAACUAUUCGAGCACAGGGUGAUUUGGCUGCUAUUCCACAGAUUCAUGGCACUUCCUCUUCAUUGAUGCAGCAAAUGCGUCAUCCUUUGUUGCCUCAAAUGGGACUUGUUCGACCUGCUAAUUUAGCCUAUAACAGUCAACCUGCCGCCCAUAACGGUUCAUUUCAACCUUCUUUAUUAGCAUGUCCACCAUCAACUGAAAAAUGUUUUCAGCCAGGCUCCUCGGUAUUGUCUGCUCCUUCGGACAACAUUAAUAAGUGUCCUCUUGAAACCCAAUCUGGUAGCAAUUCAGCUUUGCUCAAAAGACCAUUUGAACCUUCAGGGUUGCCUGAGAGAGCUGGAAUGCUAAAUGAUAGUAUAGAUGCUAUGAAUCACCCAUCAAAGUUAUCAAAACGAAAUGAUGGAAGGAGUUCCUAUCAAUCAGGAGAAUUGAAUGUGGAUAAUUUGGUAACAAGACCUUCAAGGCUAGCUAGCAUAUCUGGAAAACAUGUUUCCAGAACGGAAGAGGCUUCAAGUUCUGAGAAACAUGCUCUUCAGCUAACCCCGGAUGUGGAGUCGACCCUAUUGCAGCAAGUGAUGAGUCUCACGCCUGAACAGUUGAGCUCAUUGCCCCGGGAUCAGCAGGAGCAGGUCCUUCAGCUUCAACAGAUGCUUAGGCAGCCAACGUAGGCCAGUGUUUCGCCCUAACAAUUUUCCUCAAGGGCUAUAGUCCUCAGCAGCCACAGAGCAGAACGCCUUCUCAAAUAACCAUACAGUCGUAGCAGCAUUAUGUAAAACCACUUUGUUGUAAAUUUAUUUUUUCUUUCAAAGAUUAGCUAGCAUAGGUUAAUUGCUAUAGAAAUAUUCCCUUCGUGUAACGAUGUAGAAACACAAUGAAUGAAUAAAUGGGAGGAGUAACAUUUUUGGGGUUUUAGAACUGUUUUUUAUUCCAUGGUAUUGUUUCGAAGGCUAUGAGCUCAGUACUGUAUAA